CCGUCGCCUGGCGCAUGCGCAGGAGUGGGUGAGGCUGGUCCAAGCGAUGGGAGCCGGCGUGUGGUGUUUUCUUUGUUUCAGCUGAUUCAGAAGACAUAAUGCCAGUGAACUGCACAUCCCUCAAUUUCAUAAAUAAAGCAAUAUUGGCUCCAAUGGUGCGGGUUGGGACCCUGCCGAUGAGACUACUGGCUUUGGAUUAUGGUGCUGAUAUUGUAUAUUGUGAGGAGCUGAUUGACAUAAAGAUGCUUCAAUGCAAAAGAGUUGUAAAUGAUAUACUUGGAACUGUGGACUUUGUUGCUCCCAAUGAGAGAGUUGUGUUCAGGACUUGUGAAAGGGAAAAAGACUGUGUUGUUUUUCAAAUGGGCACAGCCGAUGCCGAGAGAGCCUUGGCAGUAGCCAAACUUGUAGAGAAUGAUGUCGCUGGCAUUGAUGUUAACAUGGGGUGCCCCAAAGAAUAUUCCACAAAGGGAGGAAUGGGAGCAGCGCUCUUGUCUGAUCCUGACAGAAUAGAAUCUAUUCUGACCACUCUCGUCAAUGGCGUGUCUAGGCCAGUAACCUGCAAAAUCCGAAUUUUGCCAUCGAAAGAAGAAACUAUAAGAUUAGUGAAGAGGAUAGAGCAGGCUGGAGUUGCUGCAAUUGCAGUUCAUGGAAGGAAGAAAGAAGAGAGGCCCCAGCACCCUGUCCAGUGCGAUGUGAUCAAAGCCAUCACUGAGGCAGUUUCUAUACCAGUAAUAGCCAAUGGAGGAUCCCAUGAUUUCAUCAAAGAAUAUUCUGAUCUUAGGACCUUCCAGGAGGCGACCACAGCAUCUUCAGUAAUGGUUGCCCGGGCUGCCAUGUGGAACCCCUCUGUCUUCAGGAAGGAAGGUUCUUUGCCCCUGAAGGAUGUCAUGCAGGAAUAUAUCAAAUACGCAGUGAGAUAUGAUAACCAUUACACCAAUACAAAGUAUUGUUUGUGCCAGAUGUUAAGGGAGCAAUUAGAAAAUGCACAAGGAAAGAAGUUACAUGCAGCACAAUCCUUGCAGGAAAUCUGCGAAGCUUUUGAGAUGAGUAGUUUCUUCCAAGAAGCAUCCGAUUUUCUGGAGAAGAAAAAAGUUUCACUACAAGUCAAGAACCAGAAUAAUGAUGAUUACACUGAAGACACAGAUGUCAUCAAAAUGGCAGUUAGGUUUGAUAAACGAGAGUAUCCCCCACAAAUUACACCUAAAAUGUAUCUUCUGGAAUGGUGCAGGAAAGAAAAGCUUCUUCAACCUGCCUAUGAAACAAUUGAAAGACCACGGGAUAGACUUUUCUGUUCUGUUGUGACAGUUGCAGAUCAAAAGUACAGCUCAACCUUAUGAUGUUCUUGUAUGCGAAGCUGAUUCAGAUGAAUGGCUAAAGAGCAGGACAUACCAUAGAAAAUGUCAGGCUGUUGCCCUCGGUAACAUCUGGGAAGGAGUCUGGAAGUUUUUGGUUCCAUUUUUAGGUAAUCCAAAGCAUGGUUAAUCUUAACUAUAGUUAGUUCAAAUUCUCCAAUCAAAUUCUCCAACCAAACCCUAGUUUAGGAAGGCAUAUACUUUAAGUCACCACAGAUAAGCUUAAAUAUAAUUUAUGGUUCAAGCGACUAGUCCAACUGCUUUUUCUAAAACCAGCAGAUGCUUCUAACAUCUAUGCAGCUGUGCCAGAAGAGAAGAGGAGGGAAUGGCGUACACAGCUCCUUCACAUAAUGCUAAACUAUGAUUGAGAAUUGCAUUUAAAUGUAAUCCUAACAUACUAAUAAUUCUUACAUUAAUCCAAUAAGGUAAAUCACGUUAUUCUUGAUUGCACACAGGGGGACUGGCUGAUAAGUGAAGUCUCUUAUCACGUAGAAAAUUCAUGGCAGAAGUUAGAUUCAGGAUGGAACUUUAUGGUUUUCCACUGUGUUAAAAUAGAUGUGACACUUAGUAGAGAGGUUGGUUUCCUGAUACUUUUGUGUACUUUGAGAGGAAAAAAAUGUUGAAGUAAAUCAGCAUCUGCCUAUCCAUUUCAAAACGCGUCAGACUGUGAGUGCCACAGGCAUGUCCAGUGGAGUUGCUCAGUUACCACUUCCCAUGGAUGUCUGCUAUAAACCCUGGGAAGCAUCUGCUGUGCUGACAUUUCUUACGGCCUUGGGGUGGUGAAGCCAGUACCCCAUUUGGGGUAGUUCUGACUUAAGUUAUGCUGAAGUGUUUUUCAGUGUCAAAUUUCACACAUGGCAGUACAUCUUGAAACCCCAAACGUUCAACCCCAUAUUCAGGAACUUGCUUAAGGCAGAAGCUCAUAGUCACUGCAUGGCUAGCUCAGCUGCUUUACAGCAGUGAUAGAUAUGCAGUAUAUAUUCUGCAGAAUGUAGAGUUUGAGCUUUAUGUAUAUACGUCUGCUCCGGGGAUUACAUUCUGACCCACUUUUUCAAAUCAGUGGAAAUUUGACUGUUCUCUUCCCAGCCUUGAGACUGGGAGACAUUUCCUCAGUGUUGGCAUGACAUUUCUGUCUAUCCUAAGAACUGCUGGUUCCUUACUUGCAACCUUCAGUCCUUUCAGAUUUGGGGCCAGCCCAUGCCCACUUUAGAGCCAUCUCACUUGAAGCACGCUGGGUGGAGGACAAGGGCGUGCAUCAAGAAGCCAGAACAGCUGCUCAGAUAACCACAGAAGCUCCCUGGGUGACUUGGGCCAGACCCUGUCUCUCAGCCCAACCUACCUGGCAGGAUUGUUGUUGUGGGAGAAGAUAGGAAGGGACGCAGUAAAUAUCCAGCUUGGUAAGGUACAGAUUUGACUGAGGCCUUUCUGAUUCCCUUUGCCACAUUUUCUCAUAGGUGAAGCAACUUUUAGGGGUAUAAAGCUCUUUUUUGGGUUGAAGGAAAGAAAAGUUUUUGGCUGUUCUCUUUCU